AUGAUUGAAAAACCUUAUACUUUAAUAUUGGAUUUAGAUGAAACAUUAGGUCAUUUCAAUUAAUAAAAAUAAUAAUUUGUAUAGAGGCCUUAUUUGUAAGAGUUUUUAAAUGAUCUUUCUAAAUUUUAUGAAUUAAUCAUAUUUACUGCAGGAAUAAAGGAAUACGCAGAUUAAACAGUGACAGAAUUCGACAAAAAUAAAUUAAUUUAACAUAAAUUAUAUAGAUAACAUUGUUAAAUUUAAGGAUUAGUGUACAUUAAGGAUUUAAGCCGUGUAGGAAGAGAUCUAAAAAAAACAAUUAUUUUAGAUAAUAAUCAUCAUAAUUUUUAAUAAUAACCUGAUAAUGCUAUUUUCGUAAAAAGCUGGUUUGAUGAUAAGGAAGACGAUGAAUUACUAUUUCUUAAAAAAAUACUUAUAAGUAAAAUUUUUAUUUAAUAUUAUUAAUUAAAAAAUAUAAUAGAAAUUGCUGAAAGUAAAACAAAAGAUGUGAGAAAAAGUUUAUAAAAAUAUAGAGAUUUUAUAGUAAGAUAAAUAUCUUAAUAAAAAAAUAUAUGA